AUGCUCUGGGGACUUUCAUUGCUACUUGCCGCACAGGUUGGCAGCGUCAUUUGCAAGAAGCAGCAUGUGCUUGGAUCCAAUGGGGAUAGUCUGGAUCUGAUUCGCGAGAAACUCCUAGAAGCUGAGAUCAUUCCGACGGUUAUCGACGAUUUCCCUCCCACUCUUGGGUUCAGCGCGUCAUGGAAACGCGACUCAGCUGAUCUUGGCAAUACCCUCAAACCAAAACACCUCAAAAAGGCCCCAAAGGUUCAUCUCGACAGGGUUAACUCAGAUGAUUCUCUUGAAUCAAUUCUGAAGAAGCACGCCACAUAUGUGGUCGUUCUCACUGACCCGGACGCACCAUCCAGAGACGACCCUAAAUGGUCCGAAUUCUGCCACUGGAUUGCAACGGGAACCUCUAUCUCUUCAUCAACAACAUCUAAGCAUCAUCUGAAAGAUCUCGUCAAGUACAAGGCUCCCGCUCCGCCACCAAAAACAGGAAAGCACCGCUAUGUCUUCUUCGCAUUCGCCGCAGCCAACGGAACGACUGAGAAACUCCAUCUAACCAAACCGAAAGAGAGGAGGCACUGGGGUUCCGAAGAUGCCGGACAUGGAGUCCGUGAAUGGGCGCAACGAAAUGGUCUUGCUCCUGUUGCUGCGAAUUUUAUAUAUGCAGAAAACGAAGAGCAGUAG